AUGUGCUCAACGUACACACCGCUACUAUUUAAUUAUAUUACACCACGUAACUGCUCCAAUUUUACCACUUAUUUUGACUCAUUAAAUUUACAAUGCCGUAAUUGCAAUAAAGAUAAAAUCGCUAGUGUAAAUCAUUUUUUCUGCGUCUGUCCAAAAGGAUUUGUUCAGCUUUCUGAUGGUACCUGUCAGAAAUGUGAAAAAGGGAAAAAGGUUAGCGAUGAUGGUCAUUUCUGUAUUGAAUGCCCAAUGAGCGGAACUGAAAAUGAAUGUCCAUCAUGUCCAUUUCGACAUUUCGCUCAAAGAACAAUAUCAGCUGAUGGUAUCUUAGUAGCACAAAAAUGCGCAAAAUGUCCUCCUAACAAAAAAGUUUCCAGUCAUGGUGAUAGUUGUAUACCAUGUGUUGAAACAGAUGACAUAUGUGAAUGUCAGUUUGGUGAAAUAUGUCAAAAAGUUGAAGAGAAUAAAAUGUUAACAAUGAUUGAACUUGAAGAUGGCUCUCAGGAAAGUUCCAAUUAUAUAGCGAAGAAUAUCAAAAGAGCGGUGAAAGGUUGUUCCAAUAAUAAUACGCAUGCUUGUCAACAUUUAGCUAACAUUUGUGUCCUUCAAAACUAUCGUAUCGAACAAUUUUCCGCAUGUACAGAAUUGGAGAAAAUUGCUAAUUCUAUGCUUUACAAACGAAAUGAUGGAUUAUUAACUACACCGAUCUUAUUUUAUUCCAACAGUGAAGCUUCAAUUGAACUAUUACAUGAAACUGCCAUAUCAGCAAGUUUCAGCUUCGACAAACGUCAUUCGAAUUCAUUCCUGGAAAUUAUUCUAGUACAAUAUGCUCUCAAUGGUACUUUCCUUGGAAUGGUACCAUUGAGUGAAAGUAAUUUGAAUACAUGUUCACAGCAGAAGGAUAAAUUUCAUUUGGGAACAUUUUAUACGAUGAAAUGUUUCAUUCAAUCUCAACAUUUACUGCAUCUUUCCGGUGUUCAACCUAUUUUCAGUGAUUUAUACAUUGUAUUCUCAAAUAAAUCUGGCCAGAAACAAAUGUAUGCUAUGCCAAUUUUAAAUGAAAAUAUACGAUUAUAUGGUGAAUUUGUAAAUCGUUUAACGCCAGACAAAUUUUAUAAUCCAAAAUGGAUCCUCACCCGACGAUUGUAUUUCGUUGAUGCAAUUUCAUUAGAUGCCUUAAAUAGUCCACAACAUUCGGCUAUCGUUCGUUUUCCAGAAAAAAUUGAUAUUAGAAUACAAAUACAGUCUCAAAAAGAUGGCCACAUAAUGCCACCGUAUGCACGCAUCCGGCAUGCGGAAGUGCAGUGGGAUCCGGAAAAACAAUUAUUUUUUCAAUUCAAUAUUACUUACAUUGUAAAUGAUUCUCAAUUCUUUCAAUAUAUUGGAAUUGUAUUAUUCAUUCUGACUGUCUUAUCAUUCAUUUGCUCAGCCAUACGGGCUUACAGUUGGGGAAAGCGUUCCGGCAAAAUGAUUAUUGAUAGCGCCACGCUUAUUAAACUUGUCUUUUUUGAAUUCGAAAUUUUAAGUGAUGUGUUUUUUUUUGUUGUUCUAAUACCAACUCUGUUUGUUAUUUUUGCAUAUAAAAUGCAACAAAUACCUCAGUAUGUUGUAUUCGAUUCUCAGCAGGAAGCGACGCUGUUAUCAUACAUAUUAGUAGCAGCGGCGCUUAAACUAAUCAGUUUAUUCCACUGUAGCGCACAUAUAAUUCUUACCGAAACAUUCUUCAUCGAUUGGGAACGACCUCGCGUGACCUUUGAAAUAAAUAACGAAACAACUUCAUCAUCUGAUAUGAGAAAGAAUGCAAAAAUCACCCAGCCUGUCAUAUGGCGAACUUACCUGGUAGCAAACGAAUGGAACGAAUUACAAGAUUAUCGAAAAACUUGUGUUGGUUUACAAAUGAUCACUAUGAUUGCAUUGCUUCGUUGGUUAAAACUUGAAAAUUGGGCAGCUAUUACACCUGGAUUGCACACCGAUAUUCCAACAUUCUCCACAAGUACAACAUUAAGCGAAUUAGCCAUAAUCAGUAGUCUCUAUUUGAUUGUAUCGGCGAUUCAGUGGUUUCUUCGCAUUACAAUUGUUGAACGAUUCUUAUUAGAUCCAUUUCACAAUAUGAUCGAUCUAUGCUCAAUUUCAAAUAUUAGCAUACUUGUCCUCACACAUCCCUUACACGGAUAUUACAUACAUGGACGUUCAGUACAUGAUCAAGCUGAUACUGAUAUGAUUAAGAUGAAUCAAUAUUUGCAUCGAGAACGAGAAAAUUUGUGUGCUGCACGCGGCCUGGAAGCAGGUAGUACACUUCAAACUUAUAUCAUUAAUCUACCAAAAGCAUUUCGUGAACAAUUCGAUGCAGCUUCAAAAAUAUCAGAAAAUGAUACGGAACAGGUUGAUAAAUCUAUCAGCGAUGACGCCACAACUACUAAUGUUCAAAAAAUUGCUAAGAGACAUGAACAAUUAAAUAAUUUCUUAAUGAAAUUUAUUGGACACAAUUAUCCACAAGUGGAUUAUAUUAUUAAUGAUGCUUCGUUACUUGAAAUGUUAUUCGAUAUCGAAUUCAUUGAUUCAUCGAACGUUGGCAAUUUUAUAAGGUUAGACUAA